AUGGCCCUCCGGCUCCUGCCAGCUUUCAACACGGACAACGACGACGACGACGACGGGAACUUCACAAAAUGGAUGAGCAGUUACUGGGGACACGGGGCAGAAGGCUCCAGGGACAGGAAACGCAUCAGGAGGCCGGCCGGGGCGGCGUCGGCGUCGCGAGGGGAUCGGAGAGCGUCGCUCCCGACUGUGUCCCAGCUGGACGCUAUGAAGCUGAACCGGCUCCACGCGGCGUCGAUGGCCUCCGGUUCGGGUCCCGUGAAGACCAGAGAGGAGGGGGGCGAGGCCCGGAACCACCAGAGAGCUCGCCGAGCCUCUUCGGACGACAACAGCCGCUCCAAGUCGGCCAUCCCGGAGAACCGGAUCAGCACCAUCCCCGAGCUCGCCGAGUCCUUCGAGAGGAGGCUCUUCCUCCGGGACAAGAGGACCACGUGUCUGAAUGACGACGACAAGUCGUGCCGGAUCUGUCACGAGGACAUGAAGAAGAGCGGGGGGGCGGUUCACGAGCUGCACUGUUCACACCACGUCCACAGAGAGGCAUCUCGGAGGCCGGAGGGCCGGCUCGCCCACAGCGAGGCCUGUCAGGCGAGGAGGUUCUCGAACGAGAGGAGGAGGUCUGCAGACGGACCGCUGUACCUGGAGAGGGAGGAGCUCACGCCGCAGCGCCAGCUCUCCCUGAGGAGUCAUCGCUGA